AAUUUAUUGACAGCUAUUGUUCGUCCAGAUAAAUAUGUAGCCACUUGAAAAAUUCAAACUACAAUCUACAUUCAGUUCAAACCCUCAAAAAUGUCCUCUCUACCUUCCGGAAGCUCUCGCAUGAACUUGAAAUUCGUUCACACCCAAGUGCCAACUCCAAACAACAUCUUUGACGACAUGCCUCCAAAGGAAGUCGUCAAAAACCAUCUGCGUCCUAUAUUUGAGGAGCAUUGCGAAUUAUGCAAAAAAUCCAAUACAUCCGAAGAAAGCCCUGCUGUUAGGCUGCGAAGAUGUGGAAGGUGUAAACUCGUCUGGUAUUGCUCUACAAAGUGCCAACAAGAACACUGGCCUUUGCAUAAAUCCGACUGCUCCGAUAAUCCUGACGAUGCAGAACUUCGUCGCAUCGUCAUGCGGAUCUUGGCUCAGCGUCUUCUUCGCGGAUUCAUUGAGGUCGUCUGCAUCACCUCGUACGAUAUCAUCAACACGAACCACCGCCCCCGUCGGUCCCCUAAGCUGCCGUAUCUUCUUCGUAUAGACCUAGGGAUAGAACCAGCAGAAAUCAGCAAAUUCAUGGAGAUAUUCCACCAACCGACAGAGGUAGAUUCCAAUCCUCCACCGGGAAUGGUCCAAGUCAACGCCAUAACCCACUCUGAGGAGUACGUCAAGGAGUACUUGAGCCGACCAUACAGGAAAGAUUCUAGAUACGUGGAAGAGAGCGUCGACGACAACAUGAAAUCAAAGAAUGGUCUUCCUGUAAUGAUCAUGGAGUUUGUCCUGAGAGGAGACGUGUCCUCUUCGGUGUCCGUAUUCACUUCAUUGACGCCUCAGGCCAUGGAAGUAGCUCGAAAGCGCCAACCGUACACCCAAAUUUCUUCAGUUCGUGGUACAUUCCAUGUUCCAUUCAGUGCAGACAGCACAAUCGAAUGCUUGAAUGGGUUGAUUCGAGAUGACAAGACCGACAAGUUCCUUCUUCGAAUUCCUAUGAAGCCACACGAUGUCGGGAUCAUCAGCGCCGCCGGAAGACAAGAUUUUAGUUAUUCGAAAGCCGUCCAGUACUUGCUGAUUAAAAUGAAGAGAGAUACGAUAUACACCCCGAUUGCAUAUAACUUCUCUUCUAGGUAGUAGCGUUCGAUUGGCUCUCAGGCCUUCGUCUUGUAAAGUUUUGUAUAUCUCGUAAUAGUGAUACAAACUUGCGAGAUGUGAAGGUGUUCUUGUCAGCCUCAGAGAGAAGCGUUGAACCUGUGGGCGUUUGUAGGCGCAUUGAAUUCAGAGUCAGAGUCUUAGUCCACCAAGCAUCGGCCGCGGAUGGCAUGGUUGUGGUGGUGGGUCAGUACUAAUGGCUAUCUGUGGGCGCACGUCGCACAAACGUCCCUUACAUAUUGC